CGGCCCACCUUUCGUCCGCCCUCGCGGACCACGAGCUCUGUCCCGCACGGUCGGCGCGAGGCGGCGGCGCGAGCCCGUCCUUGCAGCCAUGCACGACGCUUUCGAGCCGGUGCCGAUCCUAGAAAAGCUGCCCCUGCAGAUCGACUGUCUGGCCGCCUGGGAGGAAUGGCUACUUGUUGGAACGAAACAAGGACAUCUUCUUCUCUAUAGGAUUCGGAAGGAUGUUGGUUGUAACAGGUUUGAAGUGACACUAGAGAAGUCCAAUAAGAACUUUUCCAAAAAGAUUCAGCAGAUCCAUGUGGUUUCCCAAUUUAAGAUUCUAGUCAGCUUAUUAGAAAACAACAUUUAUGUCCAUGACCUGUUGACAUUUCAACAAAUCACAACAGUUUCAAAGGCCAAAGGAGCAUCAUUGUUCACAUGUGACCUCCAGCACACUAAGACAGGUGAAGAGGUGUUGCGGAUGUGUGUGGCUGUGAAGAAGAAGCUGCAGCUCUAUUUCUGGAAGGACAGGGAAUUUCAUGAAUUGCAGGGAGAUUUUAGUGUACCUGAUGUACCCAAGUCCAUGGCCUGGUGUGAAAAUUCUAUCUGUGUGGGCUUCAAGAGAGACUACUACCUGAUAAGGGUGGAUGGAAAGGGGUCUAUCAAAGAGCUCUUUCCAACAGGAAAACAGCUGGAGCCCUUAGUUGCACCUCUGGCAGAUGGCAAAGUGGCCGUGGGUCAGGACGAUCUCACCGUGGUGCUCAAUGAGGAAGGCAUCUGCACACAGAAAUGUGCCCUGAACUGGACUGACAUACCAGUAGCCAUGGAGCAUCAGCCUCCAUACAUCAUUGCAGUGCUGCCUCGCUACGUGGAGAUCCGAACAUUUGAGCCAAGGCUUCUGGUCCAGAGCAUUGAACUGCAAAGGCCCCGUUUCAUUACCUCAGGGGGGUCAAACAUUAUUUACGUGGCCAGUAAUCAUUUUGUUUGGAGACUCAUUCCUGUCCCCAUGGCUACCCAAAUCCAACAGCUGCUCCAGGACAAGCAAUUUGAACUGGCCCUGCAGCUUGCAGAAAUGAAAGAUGACUCAGACAGUGAGAAGCAGCAACAAAUCCAUCACAUCAAGAACCUGUAUGCCUUCAACCUCUUCUGCCAGAAGCGCUUUGAUGAGUCCAUGCAGGUCUUUGCUAAGCUUGGCACAGAUCCCACCCAUGUGAUGGGCUUGUACCCUGACUUGCUGCCCACAGACUACAGGAAGCAGUUGCAGUAUCCUAACCCACUGCCCUCCCUCUCUGGCGCUGAACUGGAGAAGGCUCACUUAGCUCUGAUUGACUACCUGACACAGAAGCGAAGUCAGCUGGUGAAGAAGUUAAAUGACUCUGACCACCACUCCAGCACCUCUCCACUCAUGGAAGGCACUCCCACCAUCAAAUCCAAGAAGAAGCUGCUGCAGAUCAUUGACACCACCCUGCUUAAGUGCUACCUCCACACGAACGUUGCUCUAGUGGCUCCUUUGCUGCGCUUGGAGAACAACCACUGCCACAUUGAGGAGAGCGAGCAUGUGCUGAAGAAGGCUCACAAGUACAGUGAGCUGAUCAUCCUGUAUGAGAAGAAGGGCCUCCACGAGAAAGCUCUGCAGGUGCUAGUGGACCAGUCCAAGAAAGCUAACUCUCCCCUGAAAGGCCAUGAGAGGACAGUGCAGUAUCUUCAGCACUUGGGCGCAGAAAACCUGCAUUUGAUUUUUUCCUAUUCAGUCUGGGUGCUGAGGGACUUCCCAGAAGAUGGCCUGAAGAUAUUUACUGAAGAUCUCCCAGAAGUGGAGUCUCUACCACGAGAUCGAGUGCUCAGCUUCUUAAUAGAGAAUUUUAAAGGUCUGGCUAUUCCUUAUCUGGAGCACAUUAUCCACGUCUGGGAGGAGCCUGGCUCGUGCUUCCACAACUGCUUGAUCCAACUGUACUGUGAGAAGGUGCAAGGUCUGAUGAAGGAGUACCUCCUGUCUUUCCCUGCAGGUAAAACGCCAGUCCCUGCUGGGGAGGAAGAGGGUGAGCUGGGAGAAUACCGGCAAAAGCUGCUUAUGUUCUUGGAGAUUUCCAGCUACUAUGACCCAGGCCGGCUCAUCUGUGAUUUUCCUUUUGAUGGCCUCUUAGAAGAACGAGCUCUCCUGCUGGGACGCAUGGGGAAACAUGAACAAGCUCUCUUCAUCUAUGUUCACAUCUUAAAGGAUACAAAGAUGGCUGAGGAGUACUGCCACAAGCACUAUGACCAAAACAAAGAUGGCAACAAAGAUGUGUAUCUGUCCCUGCUUCGGAUGUACCUAUCACCCCCCAGCAUUCACUGCCUGGGGCCCAUCAAGCUGGAGCUGCUGGAGCCACAAGCCAAUCUCCAGGCUGCCUUGCAGGUCCUCGAGCUGCACCACAGCAAACUGGACACCACCAAGGCAAUCAACCUUCUGCCAGCCAACACUCAGAUCAAUGACAUACGCAUCUUUCUGGAAAAGGUCUUAGAAGAGAAUGCCCAAAAGAAACGGUUCAACCAAGUGCUCAAGAACCUUCUCCAUGCCGAGUUUCUGAGGGUUCAGGAAGAACGGAUUUUACACCAGCAGGUGAAGUGCAUCAUCACGGAGGAGAAGGUGUGCAUGGUGUGUAAGAAGAAGAUUGGAAACAGUGCAUUUGCAAGAUAUCCCAAUGGAGUGGUCGUGCACUACUUCUGUUCCAAAGAGGUCAACACAGCCGACACCUGAGGCCAGCAUCCCACAGACUUAGCAGUGGACAGCUCGGCUCUCCCAGAGAGGAGAAGAGCAGCUGCCUUAGGAGCCAGGAUCUGCCGCUGCCAGGUGUCUUCGUCAUUUGGAUGCUGCUGGCUGUCUUGUGCCCUGGAACAUCUCUGAAUUUACUAGACCUGUGUCCUGGUCUUGCCAGCUUUUUCAUAGAGAAGGAGAUAGUUACAUCUUACUGUUAUGUUGCAGGCAUUGCCAGAGAGUUUAGCACCUGCUUGGACAGAGGAGGUGCGCCGUCUUGCCUUCACAUACCAAUCACUGGGAUAAGGAGACCUAACUCAAGUUUUUGCACCCAUGGGGCUUACUGGGGUUUUUUUUUAAUUAAGAUAAGUACACAGCUUCUACUUCACAAGGCCCCACCCUGCUCCUGGCUACUGGGAGAGACAAUGGGAAGAAGAUACUAGAGUCACUUCAGCCCCAUAGACCAAAUGGUUCAUUAUCUAUUUUGCCAGUGAUUUCUCCAUAGGAGCAUUGCCCAUUCCCCAAGAAGUCUCCCUGUUGGUCCCUUUAGUUUUCAACUUCCUUUUCUUUCUCACUAUUUAUUUUGCCCCUAAUCUCUUCCCUUGCUAUGCCACCCAGGUUUCUGUCCCACUCUGUAGGUGUGAAGGUAGCUAAUUCUUAGAUGGAGAAGAGGGAGCCUAGGCUUCUAGGAGCACAUUGAUAAUCAGUUGUCAGACAUUAGCUCAUUAGCUACACUUUCUGCCAAGAAGCUUAGGAGAGAACGUUCUCUGCAGGAAUGGGCCAUGGUCCCUCCCCAUAGCACUAGAACUGCAUCUCCUAAGGACAGACCAGCACGGUCCUUAGGCAGAGUCCCCACAGAGGCGCCUGUUCCAGCCACUUACCAGCUGCUGGACAAGUGUUCAGCCUUUGUGAGUGAGCUCUGCUUUGGACAUCUUUCUCCUUCAUAGUUACUUUCCAUCCUGUUACUUUCCUGCCCUGUCAUUGUUCCCUAACUAACUUUGUUUGCAGGAUUGGAGAAUGGCCAUAGGAUAGUACCGGAAGGUGGGUCUCAGCUAGAAACAGGGAACAAUCGACCAGAAAUUGACUGGCAUGAUGCUGGGGUGGCAGAGCAGCAGAGGAAGGGGCAGGAAUGUGCCUCAUCCCGGCUCUGUUAAGCACACGGAGGAGCCUGCCAAAGGUGUGUGGAACAAGAGUUCCUGCAUGGGAAGCUGUAUGGGCAAGUAGUCCUCCAUCUGUCCUCACUAGGGUUCCUGUUCAUUUGUAGUCUUGUUGCCCUGAUACCUUUCAGAGUAUGAGGGUGAGUGGCAGUGCCCAGCACUGACAUUGUUUCAGUGGCCUGUCCUUGACAUACCUCCACAUUGUCUGGGCUGGGCCCUGUUGUUGACUGGCCUGCUGGUGAUAAGUCACCUAGGCCCUUCUAGCAUUCUCCCUCUGGGGGUCUGAAGAGACUGAGCAUUGCCAGCACUAUUCACAGAUGUGGGACUUCACUUGGAUCUUUGAGCUUAGCCAGUACUUCAUGAGAGGCCUGUAGUGGCCAUAGCUGUCCACAAGACGCAGUCCUGCCGUGGAUGUGUCUGCACCGGCUUACACUGGGGGACUACCCCUGGCACAGCAGAGAGCUGCCAGGCAUCCGUCCUCAGCAGGCAGCUUGCCUGCCUUCCUGGCCUGCUGUGCUUAUAGUGUCCUUUCUCACGAACUGUGCUUGAGACAAUAGAAUAAAGGUGUGUUUGCUCCUAUCUGCUAAACAUACAUGAUCUUGUUUUCCCAGAUUCCAUCCUUCCUUCCCUGGAUAGCAUGGUAGCAUGGAGGGAACGCUUUUGGACUGAGGAUGAUGGAGGCUCUUAGCCGCUCCUAACAAUAAACAUAAUCAAGCAAGAA